AUGCCGCCAAUCUUCCCGUUAGCAAUCAAUACUGAGGGGUCGAAGGGCGAAAAAAAGCCGGAGCGGGAACCACGGAACCUCGUACUCUUCUUCGAUGGCACUGGAAACGAGUUCACCGGGUCUGACAAGGAUACGAAUGUGGUCAAAUUGCUCAAUAUGAUGGACCGCAAUGCCUGCAAUCAGUACCACUACUAUCAAACUGGUAUUGGCACAUAUGAUGUCAAGGAGAAGACCGUCCACAAGUCCAGCUUGGGCGAGAUGAAGAGCAGCUUCUGGAAAAUGGUUGACCAGGGAUUCGGUACGACAUUCGACGCGCAUGUCAUUGCCGGCUAUCGCUUCCUGAUGCAGUACUAUGCGCCCGGUGAUAGAAUUUACGUGUUCGGGUUCAGUCGCGGGGCAUACACCGCUAGAUUUCUCUCACGCAUGGUUUUCACUGUUGGACUUCUCUGCAAAGGGAACGAGGAGAUGGUGCCUUUCGCAUAUCGCCUCUACCAGCGGCACCUGAACGGCGAGUUUAAGGCUGCCAAGAAAGGUGACCAUCACAUAUCUCAGCACAACGACUAUCAGACGAACCAAUCUGCAAAGAAGUGCACAGCGGCCACGUGCCAGUUGGUCGCGUUUAGCGACACCUUCUGUUGGAGGGCGCCACGGGCCAAGACCAACAUCAAGGUCUUCUUCCUGGGCCUGUGGGACUGCGUCAACUCGGUGUCCGUUUUGGAAAAGAAGACGACGGCGAACGUCAAAGUCCAAGGGACUGCGGACAUCAUCAGGCAUGCUGUGGCUGUCGACGAGCGCCGCGUCAAGUUCAAGCCAGCACUCUUCGACCAGGACAAAGCAAGUGACAGCAUUCGAAAAGAGCACAUCAAGGAAGUCUGGUUCCCGGGCAACCAUAGCGAUGUCGGCGGUGGUUGGCACCCCGACAGUGACUUUCUUUUGACCGACGACAAGAAGGCCACGAUCUCGUUACGCCUGAAGUCUUGGAAGAAACUUCGGAAGCUGAGAAGGGAGCAAAAAAAGGAAGACGACUGGGGCCAAUGUGAAAAGUCUCACGAAACCUUGGAGCAAUUAGAGGAAUGCGAGGCCGAGCACUCCAAGUCAUAUUGCUCGAAGGAUAAAUGUGGAAGGUGCCGCCAUGAUGGCCAACACGAUUACUGCUCCCACAGGUACCGCAUGAGGCCUUGCCAACUGAGCGAUGCCCCCCUGUACUGGAUGAUACAAGAGAUUGAAGAGGCAGACAAGCGACAACGUGGCGAGGGAGACUACUGGCCUGAUGGCGAGGGAAUCAGGUGGGUUCCGGAGAAAGUCGCCGACUUCAAGGUCCGUUACCUUUACCACAAGCACGAUGCCGUACUCGCGUCUCUUCAUGACCCGCUCAAAUUCGGCUUCGGUGACACCAUAGGGUCUGUUCUACUGUGGAACUUUCUUGAGUUCUACCCUUUGGCCAAACGAUGGGAGCUCAAGAGAAAUACUGUUCGCGCCGACAAAGACCACACCGCCGACAAAGAAAAUACUGCCGACACUUAUCGUACCCAUUGGCACUGGCAGAUGUUUCCCCUCAACUUGGGUGAAACCCGAGAUAUCCCGUGCAAUGCAGUCUUGCAUUCAUCCCUAGUCGAACGCAUCAAGAAACGCCCAACAUACCGCCCGGUGAACAACAGUGGAGAAAUUGAUGGCAAGGAGACACCAUAUUGCUUGAUAACAGACAAUAGACAGGAGAUUUCCCCCAAAAUCAUCGAGAGGCCACCGGCAGAGUCAGAGGACCUCUAUAGAGGAUAUUAUACUUUUAGGGACGAAACCACCAAGUCUAGGGACGAAACCACUAAGUCAGGUUGA